CGUACCCGCCUUCAUCAUCCCUCUAUUUCAUUUCCAUCUCAUUCCUCUUGUACGACAAAUCUACCGUGGUCCCUAAUCUUCGACCCUCCACCUUCGUUCAUCAUCCGCCGCCACCAUCCACGAACGAUCUUGCUCAAUCACCUGUCGAAAUCAUGGGUCGUUGGGGGCAUCGGAUGUUCGAAGGGGACACCGAUCGGGAUCUCAUGGGAGAUGUCAAUCAUGCCAUGGAGCAGAUACUCAAGGCCAAAUACAACAUCAUCGAGCAAGAUCAGCUGGACCGUUUCAUCGAAGACAUGACCAAGGAUCAAUUCCUGGAGAACAUCAACAACAUCAGUGUUGAGUUGUUUCAAGAAUACCGUCAGAAGAAGGACCCCUUGUACGGCGUAUAUCCUACUGUGAUACUGGGAGCAGUCAUGAUGACAAUGGGUGCAAAUAUCUCCCCGGAGAACAUCACCUACCUUCGCGAGGCGGCCAACAAGACAGCAAGCUAUCCUGGAUACCGGCUUCCUAUUGGAGAUCUAGGCUUUCGGGAUCCAGGGAAGGCACAAUUUCUCGCUGCUCUCGAUCAUUAUCGAAAUGGCGAGGCACGAGACUUCCAUCAAGCUAGCUGCUUCUACUGCGGCCGAAUCAACAAGGACCUCAACCCACGAUCUCUCAUGAAAUGCGGCCGUUGCAAAGAAGCUUGGUACUGCGACCAGGAAUGCCAGCGCUCGAAUUGGAAGAAUCACAAGCUCAUCUGCCGCAAAGACGGGGAACCACCAAUGACCGCUGGCGGCUUCGGAAUGCUGAACGUCUGAACACCGUCGGCUAACCAGGGUUGACUCUCAACAGAGACAUGACAGUCGAGCAGUGAGCCGAUCUGAAAGACACAGAGGCGAGGAAAUGAUGAGCAAGUGGAGAGGCGCAGACUAAGGUCUUGCUUGUACGAAGUGAAACGGAAUCUGCAAGGCAGCAGAGUUGAGUGAACACGUGCUGAAUGAGAAGCUCCACAAGAAGUCGCU